AUAUUCAAAACGAGGCUAAUCUUUAGUGUUAGGGAAGUGUGCUUGUUUUCUCGGUAGGUCACUAGGUUGCAUUUGUUGGCAAUGUAACGAAGAUAUGAUUUAAACAAAAUGACCCAUAUCCUGGUUGAUAGAGGUUAUCCUGCAAAUAUACGGCCGCGUCUUGAGAAAGUUAAUCACCAAUACCUGCGUGGCUUAGAUGAGCUGAGGCGUAGGCACAGAAAAGGAGGCAUAACACCACAAGAAUUUGAAGAGAUAAGGGCAUCUUCCAGGCAGUCUUGGACUUCGGAAUGCGAGGAUCAAGAUCCUUCUCGAAGUGGAUUUCAGACAACUUAUUCAUCAUUUCAUCAUUAUAGAAAAGAGCCGGAAUGUGACGGGGCAAAAUAUAGAUCAAAAUCUCGACCAACUUCACCUCACAGGAAGCAUAGACCUCACCCACAAAGAAAAUACAUAACAUUGGAAAUGAAAGAAGCACCAGGUUUUCAGAACAGUUUUGCAUCCAAUUCUAAGCAUCAGGAGCCUUACACUGUGGGGAAGCCUUAUGAAAAAGAUGACAUUUACACUGAAAAGAAGUUGUAUUACAGCACACCAACAUAUGAUGAGCUAAAAGCACAGGAAUUGGUUUACCAUACAAAACCUGAAGCUGAUGUCUCUUUGCACCGUUGGCUCAAAAAGUCUGGGGUAGAAGAGAAAGAAAUCUCCCAAAGGCGACGUUAUAAGUUAUCUAAAGAUCUGAAAAUUCCUGCAGAAACAAAUUCAAGGUACCUUGGAAAAUUGAGCCCACAAAGAUAUAUUCUUGGCAAAUAUGGAAGUUAAAACUGACUAAAACAGUGAAAGGUAAUUUAGCUUUAUCAGUGAGCAGGAUACUUGCUAUCAGGUGAUAGGUUGAGAGGCUGUCCUCCUUAUACAGUCUUGGAGAACUCCAUUGUCAAUAU